AUGGGCACUUUUCGUUCUCACCACCAUCUUCAAAUACAGCUAGGUAUGAUCCAAGCCAAUGAUCGUAUCCUAUCGGUCGAUGGUCAAGCCAACGAUAACUUCGAAAAAACAUUAGAACUAAUGAAGAAUUCGAAGACUGGCGUAAGGCUAAAGAUUGCCCGCAUGGUUCCAGUACUACCGACUACUUCCCUCUCCACGUCAAAUAACUCGCCUGACCCUGCCUCAAGACAGCCUCAGGUUAACUCGGAGACUGCAUCACCAGCUCCUCUUCAGCCCAGCCAUAAACCUGCCUCUGGUGCUUAUAACCCUCAGGCCGAGGCGAUCGAGAGCCUAGGAGCUGGACGGCCUGAGGAUAUUUCCAGAAACAGAAAAACUCCACUCGUGCCUGGCGUCGAGACUGUGAUUGACUUGGUCAAAAAGCCUGGCAAAGACCUCGGUUUCUCCAUUGUUGGCGGGCAGGAUACUGUACUCGUGGGUUUAUUUUAUUUUAGCCUCUUGUUCUUUUAUUUCUGA